AUGGAUAACUAUUUCUCCAACGUCGAUCUCUUCAAGUAUCUUCGCUCCCUCCAGAUUUGCGCUUGUGGUACCGCCCGUGUCAGUUCAAAAAACUUUCCCAAGGCCCCAAAGGUUGACAAGACUGACGAUCACGAAUGGAACACCCUUUCCGGUGUCAUUGUCGAUAAUGCCGUCCUUGCCGCCGUUUGGAUCGACAAUGCCCCAGUCAACUUGCUCACUACUUUCUACACUAUCACAGGCGACUGCCGUGUCCCACGCACUCGAUGGCGCCCCCGUAUCACCAGCAGCAAUGGGAAAGCCAUCCGAGAGUACUUCCAAGACGCACCCUCAGCAGCCGUCGUCAUUCCCAAGAUCAUCGACGACUACAACAACCACAUGAAUGGCGUCGACAUCAGUGACCAUUGCCCUCAUGCCGCCUUCAGCCAGGUCCCCACGUUCCCAUGA